AGAAAUGGCGUCCAAAGUUCCCGUGAUAGUUUUCUCAGAGGAAAGUACGGGACCCAGGACCAAGUCUUGGAUGAGAGCUUGUGAUGAGAUCGUGCAGGCUCUCGAACAUCACGGCUGCUUCAUAGCCGAGUACGAGGGUUUCCGUCCAGAGCUUCGCGACCCUAUCUUUGGGGUCGCGAAGGAGCUCUUUGAUCUCCCUCACGAGACCAAGGUUCGGAGCCCUGAUAGCUCCUACUCAAAGGGUUACAUACCCCACUAUCCUGGAACUCCUUUACUUGAAGGUCUGAACUUUGAUGGUGCUGAGAAACUUGAUGCUUGUGAGAAAUUCACAGCUCUCAUGUGGCCAUCUGGGAAUGCUCGCUUCUGCAAAGCUGCUUAUUCCUACGCAAGCGCGAUCGCUAAAUUGGAGAAACUGGUGACAAGAAUGGUAUUCGAAGGCUACGGUGCGGGGAAAUACUGUGACUCCCACACCGAGUCCACCGCAUACGUCCUGCGCUUCUUGAAGUACAAGAAACCCGGCGAAGACGGGGGUAACGCAUAUCAGAUUGCCCACACGGACAAGACCUUCCUGUCCAUACUGCAUCAGAACAAUGUGAGGGGCUUGGAGGUGAUGACAAAGGAUGGAGAAUGGGUCACCUUCGAGCCCUCGCCUUCGUCCUUCAUGGUCAUGGCCGGCGAUGCAUGCAUGGGAUGGAGCAACGGAAGGAUCAAAGCGUGUUACCAUAAAGUCGAUGUGCAAGAAGAGCGGUUGGUGAGGUACUCGGUCGGCUUCUUCUCGUAUAACACAGGGAAAAUAGAGAUACCCAAGGAGCUUAUUGACCAAGACCACCCUCAACAGUUCAAAUCAUUCAGUCAUCUCGAUUUCCUUCGUUUCUAUCACAAGAUCGAUGGCCACACCAAGCUUCAGAGCCAGAUCAAAGUCUAUUGUGGAGUCUAA